AUGACGCCUCUCGCGGCGCUCCUCGGAUCGCCGCAAACCGCGGGGAUCGCGCUCUCGGGUCCCGACGCGUCGCCUCCCCCCAUGCUGCUCCCCUCCCCGCCCGUUUCCCCCGUCGGGAACAGCUGCGCGGGGGACGGGGAAGCCUCCGCGUUUCUCCCCGCCGACUCCGCCGCCUCCGCGCCGGGCGGGGCGGGAAGAAGGGCUCCCCGGCGCGCGGGGUCGUGGCGAGUUUCUGAGAGCGCGGGGCGGGCGGAAGGGGUGGGCGGAAGCGGAGGGGACUCCCCGCACGGGGUGGCGGAAGGGGAAGCGGGGGAAGCGGGAGGGGCGGGGGAGGGGGGGUGCUUUUACGAGUCGGUGCGCGUGCCGCGCGACGUGGUGCGCGUGUGGCAGGACUGCUGGCGUGGCGCGUGGCAGGCUGACGUGGAGAUCCGAUCCGCCGUGGAUGGCGGGCUGGUGCUGGCGCAGGGCGCCGUGCUGGCGGCCCACUCUCAGGGUCUCGAGCGCAUGCUGGCAGGCGCCAUGCUGCAGCAGGCGCGCCCCCCGUGGGUGAUCGUGCUGAGAGGAGUGCCCGUGGAGGCCAUCAGAGGCGUCGUUCAGGCGCUAUACUGCGGCACCAUGGAUGAUGCACUCAUGGAUCGACACAUCUACCAUCUCCUCCUCCUCGCGCACUCCCUCCCCAUCCCCCUUCUCAAGUCCCUCUGCCUAGAAGCCCUGCGCUCGCGCCUCCUCUCCCCCGCCAACGCCGUCGACACGCUUGUCCUCGCGCGAUUGGUCGGCUCGCGCGCGCUGCAGGCGCUGACUCAGCAGUACAUCGUGCGGCACCACGCUGAUGUGGCGCUGACGGACGCGUGGGCCAUGCUGAGUCAGGAGUACCCAGACGUUAAAGCGAUGAUUGUGCAGAUGGUGGAAGCGAGGAAGAAACGCGACACUGGCUUGCACGGGGACGAGGUGUGGGCGAGGCAGCAGGUGCAGCAGGCAGUGAGGGCCCUCGAGCACAUCUGCAACGACGGUAGCUGUGCCUCCUCCUCCUCUGCUCCUGCCUCUGUCUCCUCUCCUCCUCCCGCUGCUCCUCAUUCUGCUGCUCCUCAUUCUGCUGCUCCUGCAACUGCUUCCCCCUGUGAUUCUACCUCUGUGCCCCCUUCUGGCACCUCCUCUGCGUCUGCUGUGGAGGGUGAGGGGGUCAGGGCCGGGACAGGGGUUGGGGGGGAUGGGGGAGAGGAAGGGGGAGGAGGAGGAGGAGGAGCGGAGGGGGCGGAAGGGGCGGAAGGGGAGGAAGCAGAGGGGCCAAAUCCCGAUGGCACUGCUGCCGCUGCUGCUGCGGCAGAUACGACUGCUACGAAUUCUCAGAAUCAACCAGGCAAAACGGGUCUAACAAGUCAAUCGGGCCAAUCGGGACCAAGCACUCUCUCCCCUACUACCACCCUCGCACCUACCCUCUCCUCCCUCUCCUCCUCCUCCCACUACCUCGGCGGCAGCGGCACUCUCUCCACCCUCUCCUCCUCCUCCUCCCUCCUCUCCGUCCGCCCCAUGUCCCCCCCCACACCCGCCACCUCUGCUGCCCCCCCCACCCCUUGCGGCCUCCCCAAGUGCCGUCCGGUUGAGGGGCUGAUUCGGCACUUUGCUAAGUGCGGUGUGAAGGUGUCGGGAGGGUGUGGGAGCUGCAAAGUGGUGUGGCAGCUGUUGGAGCAGCACUCGGGCGCGUGUGAAAAGCAGAAAGGAUGCCGCGUCCCUCUGUGCAGGCAAUUCAAGAGCAAGCAGCAGCAGGAGCAGGGCAGUGGGGGGCCUGCUGCGGGCAAGGAGAAGCUGAGUGCAGCAGAGCAUGCAGAGCAAGUCACAGCACUGGCCAAGGCUCUCUUGGCCUUAGAGGAUGCCAAGUCGUUUUAA